AUGGAGAACGAGGGAGAAGCGCAAAACAACGAGACAAACAAGAAGAGUUCCGUCGUCAUAAGAAUCCCUUCCUAUCAAGAAGUAGUCGAAAGUUCUCAAUCCAGAUCAACUCCACCGUCUCUCUUCGUCCCCUCUCAAACCUUUUCCCAAGCCUUUGCGUUCGUCAAAUCCUCAGAGUUUUACGCUCCACCUCCUUCACUCCCAAAGGAAACUGUUCAGUCAAAAGCUUCAUCUUCAACACCGCCAACACCGUCUGCAACUACUACUGCUCCUGCAACUUCAUCAAAAUUACCAAAUUCUCAACCUACUCAGAAUCGCAAUGCAAUACUUGUGAGCAACAGACAGAAAGGAAAUCCGUUGCUCAAAUAUAUUAGGAAUGUUCGGUGGACAUUUGCUGAUGUUGUUUGUGAUUUCUUGCUUAGCCAAACCUCAUGUGCUCUCUAUCUCAGUCUUCGUUAUCAUCUGCUUCAUCCAGAUUAUUUAUAUUACAGAAUACGGGAGUUGCAGAAAAAUUUCAAGCUUCGUGUAGUUUUAUGCCAUGUUGAUGUGGAGGAUGUAGUGAAGCCUCUACUUGAAGUUACAAAAACAGCUAUGCUUCAUGAUUGCACCCUCUUAUGUGGGUGGAGCCUAGAGGAAUGUGGCCGUUACUUAGAGACCAUAAAAGUCUACGAAAACAAACCUGCAGAUAUUAUUCAAGGCCAAUUGGAUUCAGACUAUCUCUCACGGCUAACACAUUCCCUAACAACAGUUCGGCAUGUCAACAAGACUGAUGUAGUUACUCUUGGUACCAACUUCGGGUCUCUAUCUAACAUAAUGGGUGCAUCUAUGGAAGAUCUAGCUCGUUGCCCUGGCAUAGGAGAGCGCAAGGUCAAGCGCUUGUUUGACACUUUCCAUGAACCGUUCAAGCGUGUGGAGUCCAGCCGGCAAGCCAUUCCAGAGACUUCUGUCCUGAGUAAGCCAGCUAGUUCAGAUGCAUCUUUUAGGAGCAAUGCUGAAUCUUCCUCUUCACUUGAAGACAAACAGAAGGAUGUAGACAAUGCAAGCAAACGUAGCAAGAAAGAACCUGAACUUACUGUCAAAUCUGCCCUUUCCGAAGCCUUUGCCAAAUUAUCUGAGAGAGCUGGAAAGAGGAACAUUACUUCAAAAUCUAAGGAGAAAGAGGAUCCAAUUGUUGUCAGAGAAUCAGAUGCUGAAACGUAA